AUGGCUGUAGAGAAGUGGAACGUCACCUCGCUUGGCGAGAAGGAGCCUGAGUUUUUGCGGGAGGUUGGGAGGUACCAGCUAGAUAUAGUCAGGCUCACUUCCACAAACAGCUUGUGUUCUGGAUCCCAUCUCCUGGAGAGAUGCUGGAUGCUCUACUUAUUUGUCGUUGCCUGCGGGAAGAGGUGGCGAGCCAGGGUGGCCUUGCUCAUUGUCCUCAAGCUCAGUUUUCACAUGGAGAUCACCCCAGUGAAUGAGAGGGUUGCGCCACUCCGCCUUCAGGUUGGGGACAAGUCUCUCGUGGUUAUCUCGGCCUGCAGACCCAACAUCGUUGCAGAGUACCCGGCCCUCUUGGAGUCCCUGGAAGGUGUUCUAGAUGGUGUUCCAACUUGGGACCCCAUUGUUCUAAUGCGGGACUUAAAUGUUUUUGGGGGUAGGGAUUGUAAGACCUGGACUGUGUCACACACUCAGGUGAAGAGAGGGACUGAACUGUCAACCGAUCACCAGCUGUUGGUGAGCUGGGUCCGCUGGCAGGGAAGGAAGCCGACGCUGAAUGCGCACUUUCAUUUUGAAUUUCCAAAUGACUGUCGUGCUCCACUUUGGAGACAGACAGAAAUGAGUCACCUUGUUGUUGAGCCACGUAACACUGAGACACUAUUCAUCACCUGCAGCUCUGCUGGAGUCUUUCUGAAUGGCUUCAAACAGGAAAGAGAUGCGUGUCACCAUGAGAGAAAAAGCGAUUUUUAUGAAGAUUUAGCAACACUUCUUAAGAGCAGAUCUCCACAUUUUGCAGAGAACGUCAACAAACAGGUUCUUGUAGAACCAGAAACUCCGUCAGCACAGAGAGUCCAUGGUGCGGAUCUGGUUGGUGGAGAGGAGCAAGGCUGGCCACAGAAGUCUAAGGAGCACAAGGAAAACAAAGUGCAUGAGUGGAAGAGAGUACAGCGAGCUCUGUACCGCAGGAAGAAAUAUGAGACAUGUCAGAUUUGGAGGAACCUUGCUGUACUGACUAUAUGUGGAAAGAAGCAGGAUAUGCCAGGUCCUGAAAUGGAUCCUCUGCCUGACUGCUACGAAAACCUCAAGGAGCAUUUAAGCCAGAGCUUACCUGAGAGCGAGCACGAGGAGAAGGAAGAGGAGCAGCCAGUACGACGCUCAGAGAUCAACACAGGCAUGCCCUCUGAAGACUGGCACAUCGAGAAUCUAGUACAGGACCUAAAGGAAGGCGACAAGACAGCCGCAGUGCUGGUUCUCUGCGCCAUGAUUGAUCUGGAACUGGUCCAAGUGGCGAUCCAGGACUUAGGUGGGCUGGAAGUCCUCCUGAACCUUCUGGAUACAGACAACAUCAGAUGCAAAAUUGAGUCUUUAAAGACAAAGAUCAGCCAGAAUGUUCAGCUCUGACAGACCAUUGUACAGAUAAGAGGCCUGCAGAGGAUGGUUAACAACCUGGACUCACCCGUGAAGGAGCUUCAGGCCUUAGCUACUGAGACCAUAAAAAACGUGGCCACGUCCCGCAGAGCAAGAAGAAUCGUCAGGCAAGAUGGAGGAAUUGGGAAACCUGUGAAGCUGCUGGACUGCUUCCCUAACUCAGCCGAGCGGAGAGCAAACAUGGAGAAGGAUUUGCAGGUGGCCCGCUGUACAGCCUCAGCUCUGUGGAACUGCAGCAAAAGCACCAAGAACAAGGAGGCCAUUCGCAACGCUGGAGGGAUCCCUCUGCUGGGAUGCCUACUUGGGACUCCACAGGAGAACAUGCUGGUCCCUGUUGUGGGUACCCUGCAGGAAUGGACCUCACAGAAAACCUACAGGGCUGCCAUACAAAGUGAAGGGAUGGUGGAGGUUUUGGUGAAGAAGCUCAGGAGUAGCAACGCUGAGCUCCAGAUGCUUUGUGCCAUCUUCAAGUGUGCAGAGGACCAACGGACACGGGACCUGGUCCGCCGCUCCAAAGGCCUGCAGGCGCUGGUUUCACUGCUGGCUAAAGCAGACAACAAGCAGCUCCUGGCUGCUGCCACUGGGACCAUUUGGAAGUGUUCAGUCAGCAUGGAGAAUGAGAGCAACGUUCUGCAUAUCCUGAUUGGUCUGCUAACUGAUCAGCCUGAAGAGGUUCUGGUCAAUGUAUUGGGAGCUCUGGGACAGUUUGCUCAGAUACCAGCUAACAACACCAUCUGCAGGAGUGGGAGCAUCAAGGUCCUCAUUAAUCUGCUCAAAGGAACAAACCAGGCUGUGCUUGUAACUGUAACCAAGGCUGUGGGAGCUUGUGCCACAGUCAAGGACAUGUUGUAA